CUAUCGGAAUACACCGGACCAGAAUGAGCCUGAAUGCCGGUUCUUUGCAUAGUAUUUUUUUUCCCCCUUGCAGAAGGACUCGACAGACUGGUUUCUGGGGGGAGCGUGGCUCUGCUUCUGGGAGUGGAAAAUGCCGAGCAAGAGCCUGGUUUGGGACUGAAAAAACACACGAGCACACAGAUACACACAGAUACACAGAGGAAGACCUGGGGACACUGACCGUUUCAAAGAGGGUGCACAGGAACCCAGAGGACUGUCUCCAGGCCCAGGGUAGGACCUUACCAAUUGUCACCGUCCUGGAAAGUCUUUAGGGAUUUCAAGAAGGUGGUCUUUACAUGCAGAGGUUAAAGAAGACAGUCUGAGCAUGUUCUCCUCAGCCACACCGUACAAGAACCAGAGGUACUCGGUCCUAAAGCAGGAAUGCAAGGAGGCCAAGAAGCUCUUUGAAGAUCCUGAAUUUCCAGCAACUCAUACAUCUCUGUUCUACCGGAAGCCACCUCCAGGCACUGUGGAAUGGAAAAGGCCAAGGGAAAUCUGUGAUGACCCUCAUUUAUUUGUCGAGGGAAUCAGUUCCCAUGACCUGAACCAGGGCGUGGUGGGAAAUUGUUGGUUUGUGGCAGCAUGCUCUUGUCUGGCACUCAAACCUACUCUCUGGCAGAAGGUCAUUCCUGACUGGAAGGAGCAGGAGUGGGAUCCCAAACAUCCAGAGAACUACGCGGGCAUCUUCCACUUCCAGUUCUGGAUCUUCGGCGAGUGGGUGGACGUGGUGGUGGACGACCGUCUGCCCACCGUCAAUGGGGAGCUGAUAUAUUGCCACUCCAAGACGAAUAAUGAGUUCUGGAGUGCGCUGCUGGAGAAGGCCUACGCUAAGCUGUCUGCAUGCUAUGAGUCCCUGGACGGGGGCAACACGGGGGAUGCCGUGGUGGACUUCUCCGGCGCCGUGUCCGAGUCCAUCGACCUGGAGGCGGGGAAGUACGCCUCCGACCUGCCGGCCCAGAUAAAGCUGUUUGAGGACCUGCUCAAGGUGUACGAGAGAGGAGGCAUCAUCAGCUGCUCCAUCAAGGCCUCGCCGUCAGAGAUCGAGGCCCACAUGACCUGCGGCCUGGUCAAAGGCCACGCCUACUCUGUGACGGCUGUCAGGAAAGCCAGGCUGGGCCACGGGCUGAUGGCCUUCUUCAAAGCGGAGAAGAUCUUCCUGAUUCGCAUGAGGAACCCCUGGGGGAAGACGGAGUGGAACGGGGCAUGGAGUGACCAUUCAGAGGAAUGGGAGAAAGUGGGCAGCAUGGAGAGGCAGGCCAUGGACAUCACAGUGGAGGAUGACGGGGAGUUUUGGAUGCCGUUUGACGACUGGUGUAAGUACUUCACCGACGUGGACGUGUGCCGCAUUAUCAACACCUCGCUGCUGAGCCUGGAUAAGACCUGGCACGAGGCGGUGUAUUUUGGCAGCUGGACCAAGCACGCCGAACCCCUGUACAACCGCUGCGGGGGCUGUGCGAACCACCGGCAGACCUUCCUGCAGAACCCACAGUAUCUGUUUGACGUGACGAAGGAGGAGGACGAAGUUCUGAUUUCCCUGCAGCAGCGAGAUAUGAAGAUUCACAGACCAAUGGGACAGGGGGAAAACCUCACCAUGGGGUUCGCCAUCCUCAAGGUGGAACAGAACAGGAAGUACCGGCUGCAUGAUAUAGUGACUCAGCAGAAUGUGGCCACAUCCACGUACAUCAACGCCCGCACAGUUUUCAUGAGGAAGGUGCUGCCGAAAGGACGCUACAUCAUCAUCCCCACUACAUUCAUGCCGGAGGUCCUGGGAGACUUCAUGAUUAGGGUCUACACGGACGUGGACUCAGGAUGCAGAGAGCUGACCCUGGACAAGCCCAGAGUGAGGUGCUGGAGUGGGUUCUUGGGCUACCCCCAAGCCAUGACACAAAUCUACGUGCACAGAGCCGAGGGUCUGGAGAAGCAGGACUCAACCGGGGGAGCUGAUCCUUAUGUGAUCAUAUGCUGUGAGGGGCACACAGUCAAGUCCACGGUCCAGAAGGACACCCUGGAGCCACUAUUUGACACCAGAGCCAUCUUCUACAGAAAGAAGCCCAGGAAACCCAUCACUGUGCAGGUGUGGAACAGCAACGCGGUGCAGGACCAGUUCAUGGGUCAGGUGGUCCUGGCCGCCUCCUUGAAGGACUCAUCUGACCCUCAGAUCCUACAGCUACGUAAGAGAGGUCAGGAGAUGGCGGACGAGAUGCCCGGGACCAUCAGCCUGAGAGUGGUCACCACCAGUCAGCUGACUGAUAUGUGACACUGUGACAGAACUCCUCCCACCUCCUCCAACCAACAGCAUACAGUGAAGAUACUGCUUGGACAUCGACCAUAAGCACAACCUGACAGAUUACAGUCCACAUAUUCUCCAGAUUUUGAGAAUAAUAACAGGCUAAGACCGACCAGGAAAUGUUCUGGAGCUUUCCUUCCUUUUUUCUUUUGUGUUUUGUGAAUUGUUUUUGAUUUGUUAUUCUGAAAUGUGAAAUCCAGAAAAAGUACAUUUAGCCUUUUUUUUGGAUAAAUAAUUUUCUGUCCGAUAACUUUUGAAAUCCAAUUAGUGACAGCAAUACUAGAAUAGUCCACAUGGAUGAUGCUGAACAUGGACAUAGAGACAAAGGUGUUAAUAUAUAGUGUACACAUAGUUAUCCAGGACAUUUUUCAACAAUCACAACCCAUUUAUUCAAUUUAACUUUCAGUACUAUUUAUACACGUUAGUACCCAUAUUUGAAUUACUGAAACAUAUCAAG